AGUCAUAGCUCGUUAACUUUACCUCUAUCUCUAUUGUCAUACUUGCCGCCCAUGACUAUAAAUCAUUUAAGUCUCUUCGAAGUGUUUUUUGUAUUUUCUCUUAAUUUCAUUUGCUUCAAUACCUUGAGUUGAGUAGUUCUGUAACAAUGGCGGACGAGGUGAUUCUGCUGGAUUUCUGGGCCAGCUUGUUUGGGAUGAGGGUCAGGAUUGCACUGGCCGAGAAGGGUAUCAAGUAUGAGUGCAAGGAGGAGUUGUGGAACAAAAGUUCAUUAAAGAGCCCUCUGCUUUUAGAGAUGAACCCCAUUCACAAGAAGAUCCCAGUUCUCAUCCACAACGGGAAAACGGUGUGUGAGUCACUCAUCAUUGUUCAGUACAUAGAUGAGGUCUGGAAGGAUAAGUCUCCACUGCUGCCCUCUCAUCCUUACCAAAGAGCUCAUGCCAGGUUCUGGGCUGAUUUUGUUGAUAACAAGGUUUAUUAUGUUUCAAGGAAGGUAUUGACCACAAAAGGAGAAGAGCUGGAGGCAGGCAAGAAGGAAUUCAUUGAAACCUUCAAGAUAUUGGAGGGGGAGCUCAGUGACAAGCCUUACUUUGGGGGUGAAACAUUUGGGUUUGUGGACCUUUCUCUUAUCCCCUUCUACAGCUGGUUCAUUGUCUAUGAGAUCUUUGGCAAUAUCAACAUAGAGGCUGAGUGCCCCAAGAUUGUUGCAUGGGCUAAGAGGUGCCUGCAAAAGGAGACUGUGGCCAAGUCUCUUCCUGACCAGAAGAAGGUUUAUGAGUUUGUUGGGCAGUCAAGGAAAAGGGAUGGCUUGGAGUAGAGUAAUGGUUAGGCUCAAAUCUGAAAGUGUCAGCAUGUUCAAAUGGUUGUGCAAAUACUAAAUAGCGUUGAUUACAUUUUGUUUUGUAUAAGUUUAGCUUUGUUUCAUCUAGGUCCGUUGAACUUGUUAGACACUUUAGUCUAUCUGCUGAGCUUUAAAGGGGCAUGUAUUGUAUCAUGAAUAAGAAAGACUUUGUUGGGUCUGUAAAUGAUCAUGCUAUGACUUUAUUUUAGUUGGAGAAUACAUAAAUUUUCACUA